AUGUCCGGUGUCUCGGACAGCGGCAUCACCGUCUCCAAACUCCUGCAGAAGGGCAAUCAGGGACUGGGCACAUUCGUGCGCAUGGACGGCGAGCUCCUCCUGCUUGACGGCGCCGUCUACCAGUUACAGGCUGAGGGCAAAAUCCGCGUGGCCGACCAGGACGACGAGAUCCCUUAUGCUGCGGCCACGCACUUUCGCUCGCAGAGGACGGUGACGGUCAAGCUGGACACAAAGGAUUCGAUCGACGCAGUGCUCGAGGAGUUCAAUGACCACGCGAGUAACUUGUUCAUGUCGUACCGGAUCGAGGGCGUGUUCCAGCGGUUGAAGUGUCGCACGGUAAAGGGCCAAGAAUACGACGGGCAGCCGCUGAGCGAGCUGGGCAAGAAGCAGUUUGUGGCAGAGUACCACGACGUCGAGGGCACGAUUGUGGGAUUCCGCUCGCCGGUCGCGUGGCAAGGUUUUUUCGUGGCUGGCGAGCAUAUGCAUUUCAUUGACCAAGAGAGGAAGAUUGGAGGUCAUGUUCUUGAACUGCAGGCGCGCGAGGUAAAUGUGGGCAUUGCCACGGUGAACAACGUUCAUAUUGAACUGCCCACGUCGGACAAGUUCAAUUCGGUUGUCAUGUCGACGGAUGAUGCGGGAUUGAAGUCUGUGGAAGGGUGA